AGGGCUACGUGGGUUCAAAACAAUUUAAAUACAAAAACACAAGCAGGUUCCCCUCCUCUCCUUUGCCUUUUGGUCUGGCUCUCCCCAUCGCUGGGUUGGAUGCCUGACUGAACGGAAAACCCGCCGUCUUGCAGCCACUAACCUGUGAGCGCUGGGUACCUGGAGAGCAGGCCCCUCUGCUGGGGGCCCCCAGGAGCGGUGCCCCAUCAUUUUGCAGCCCACUGACUCCCAGCCUGGUGUGAAAACUGAGGCCUGGAGAGGUGAUGUGAUUUGCCUAAAGUCAUGCAGCUAGUGGCAGAGCCAGGCCUAGACGCCAGGUGUCCUGGCUCUCAAGACAUUCCGCUGCCCGAGGAAUGGAACAGAGAAUUGGAAGCUAAAGCUACCAAAGACGUAGAAAGAAAUCUUAGCAGGGAUUUAGUGCAAGAAGAAGAACAGUUGAUGGAAGAAAAGAAAAAGAAAAAAGACGACAAGAAAAAGAAGGAAGCUGCUCAAAAGAAGGCCACUGAACAAAAAAUCAAAGUGCCAGAACAGAUAAAGCCCAGUGUAAGCCAGCCUCAGCCUGCCAACUCUAAUAACGGCACUUCCACAGCAACCAGCACUAAUAAUAAUGCCAAGCGAGCUACAGCCAACAAUCAGCAGCCACAGCAGCAGCAGCAGCAGCAGCAACAGCAGCAGCAGCAGCCGCAGCAGCAGCAGCCACAGCCGCAGCAGCCACAGCAGCAGCCACAGGCCUUGCCUCGGUAUCCUCGUGAAGUACCUCCACGAUUUCGCCACCAGGAACACAAACAGCUUCUAAAGAGGGGUCAGCAUUUUCCUGUCAUAGCAGCAAACCUGGGAUCUGCUGUUAAAGUGUUAAACAGCCAGUCAGAAAGCAGUGCUUUAACAAAUCAACAGCCACAAAAUAACGGAGAGGUGCAGAACAGCAAAAACCAGUCAGAUAUAAACCACAGUACUUCAGGAUCCCAUUAUGAAAAUUCCCAGCGGGGACUUGUGUCUUCUACAUGUGAUUCUAGCACAAACUGUAAGAAUGCUGUUGUAAGUGACUUGUCUGAAAAAGAAGCAUGGCCCUCAGUCCCUGGCAGUGAUCCGGAGUUGGCUUCAGAAUGUAUGGAUGCUGAUUCUGCCUCCAGUUCUGAAUCAGAGAGAAACAUCACUAUCAUGGCUUCAGGGAACACAGGUGGUGAAAAAGAUGGCCUUCGGAAUAGCACUGGACUUGGUUCCCAAAACAAGUUUGUAGUUGGUAGCAGCAGCAAUAAUGUGGGCCAUGGAAGUAGUACUGGGCCAUGGGGUUUUUCCCAUGGAGCCAUAAUAAGCACAUGUCAGGUCUCUGUGGAUGCUCCUGAAAGCAAAUCUGAAAGUAGCAACAAUAGAAUGAAUGCUUGGGGCACUGUAAGUUCUUCAUCAAAUGGAGGGUUAAAUCCAAGCACUUUGAAUUCAGCUAGCAACCAUGGUGCCUGGCCAGUAUUAGAGAACAAUGGACUUGCCCUAAAAGGGCCUGUAGGGAGUGGUAGUUCUGGUAUCAAUAUUCAGUGCAGUUCUAUAGGCCAGAUGCCUAACAAUCAGAGUAUUAACUCUAAAGUGAGUGGUGGUUCUACCCAUGGUACCUGGGGAAGCCUUCAGGAAACUUGUGAAUCUGAAGUAAGUGGUACACAGAAGGUUUCAUUCAGUGGUCAACCUCAAAAUAUUACCACUGAAAUGACUGGACCAAAUAACACUACUAACUUUAUGACCUCUAGUUUACCAAACUCCGGUUCAGUGCAGAAUAAUGAGCUGCCCAGUAGUAAUACAGGGGCCUGGCGUGUGAGCACAAUGAAUCAUCCUCAGAUGCAGGCUCCAUCAGGUAUGAAUGGCACUUCCCUUUCUCACCUUAGCAAUGGAGAGUCAAAAAGUGGAGGCUCUUAUGGUACUACAUGGGGUGCGUAUGGUUCUAAUUACUCUGGAGACAAAUGUUCAGGCCCUAAUGGCCAAGCUAAUGGUGACACUGUGAAUGCAACUCUAAUGCAGCCUGGCGUAAAUGGGCCUAUGGGCACUAACUUUCAAGUUAACACAAAUAAAGGAGGUGGCGUGUGGGAAUCUGGUGCAGCAAACUCACAGAGUACGUCAUGGGGAAGUGGAAAUGGCGCAAAUUCUGGAGGAAGUCGAAGAGGAUGGGGAACCCCUGCACAAAACACUGGCACUAAUUUGCCCAGCGUUGAAUGGAACAAACUGCCUAGCAAUCAGCAUUCCAAUGACAGUGCAAAUGGCAAUGGUAAGAAGUUUACAAAUGGAUGGAAAUCUACUGAGGAAGAGGAUCAGGGUUCUGCCACAUCUCAGACAAAUGAGCAAAGCAGUGUGUGGGCCAAAACAGGAGGUACAGUGGAGAGCGAUGGUAGUACAGAAAGCACUGGACGCCUUGAGGAGAAAGGAACUGGGGAAAGUCAGAAUAGAGACAGAAGAAAAAUUGAUCAGCACACAUUACUCCAAAGCAUUGUAAACAGAACUGACUUAGAUCCACGUGUCCUGUCCAACUCUGGUUGGGGACAGACUCCUAUUAAGCAGAAUACUGCCUGGGAUACAGAAACAUCACCUAGAGGGGAACGAAAGACUGACAAUGGGACAGAGGCCUGGGGAAGCUCUGCAACACAGACUUUUAACUCAGGGGCAUGUAUAGAUAAGACUAGCCCUAAUAGUAAUGAUACCUCAUCUGUAUCGGGGUGGGGCGAUCCCAAACCUGCUCUGAGGUGGGGAGAUUCCAAAGGCUCAAACUGCCAGGGGGGGUGGGAAGAUGAUUCUGCUGCUACAGGAAUGGUCAAGAGCAAUCAGUGGGGGAAUUGCAAAGAGGAGAAGGCUGCAUGGAAUGAUUCGCAAAAGAACAAACAGGGAUGGGGUGAUGGACAGAAAUCAAGCCAAGGGUGGUCUGUUUCUGCCAGUGAUAACUGGGGAGAAACUUCAAGAAGUAACCAUUGGGGUGAGGCCAAUAAGAAAUCCAGCUCAGGAGGUAGUGACAGCGACAGGUCCGUUUCUGGUUGGAACGAACUUGGUAAAACUAGUUCUUUUACUUGGGGAAAUAACAUAAAUCCAAAUAAUUCUUCAGGAUGGGAUGAAUCUUCUAAACCUACUCCUUCCCAGGGAUGGGGAGACCCUCCAAAGUCUAAUCAGUCUCUAGGUUGGGGAGAUUCGUCAAAGCCAGUCAGCUCUCCAGACUGGAACAAGCAACAAGACGUUGUUGGAUCUUGGGGAAUCCCACCAGCUACAGGCAAACCUCCUGGUACAGGCUGGCUGGGGGGACCUAUACCAGCCCCAACAAAAGAAGAAGAACCCACAGGCUGGGAGGAACCAUCCCCAGAAUCUAUACGUCGCAAAAUGGAGAUUGAUGAUGGAACUUCAGCUUGGGGAGAUCCAAGCAAAUACAACUACAAAAAUGUGAACAUGUGGAACAAAAAUGUCCCAAAUGGCAACAGCCGUUCAGACCAGCAAGCACAGGUACAUCAGCUGCUACCGCCUGCAAGUGCCAUCUCAAACAAAGAGGCAAGCAGUGGCUCUGGCUGGGGUGAGCCCUGGGGGGAGCCUUCUACUCCAGCCACAACUGUGGAUAAUGGUACUUCAGCAUGGGGUAAGCCCAUAGACAGUGGUCCCAGCUGGGGGGAACCUAUUGCUGCGGCAUCCAGCACAUCCACGUGGGGCUCCAGCUCUGUUGGUCCACAAGCGUUAAGCAAAUCUGGGCCAAAAUCUAUGCAAGAUGGCUGGUGUGGUGAUGAUAUGCCAUUGCCUGGAAAUCGCCCCACUGGCUGGGAAGAGGAAGAGGAUGUAGAGAUUGGAAUGUGGAAUAGUAAUUCAUCUCAAGAGCUUAACUCAUCUUUAAAUUGGCCACCAUAUACAAAGAAAAUGUCAUCAAAGGGUCUGAGUGGCAAAAAAAGGAGAAGGGAAAGGGGAAUGAUGAAAGGUGGAAACAAACAAGAAGAAGCGUGGAUAAAUCCAUUUGUUAAACAGUUUUCAAAUAUCAGUUUUUCGAGAGACUCACCAGAGGAAAAUGUACAAAGCAAUAAGAUGGACCUUUCUGGAGGAAUGUUACAAGACAAACGAAUGGAGAUAGAUAAACAUAGCCUAAAUAUUGGUGAUUACAAUCGAACGGUCGGGAAAGGCCCUGGUUCUCGGCCUCAGAUUUCCAAAGAGUCUUCCAUGGAGCGCAAUCCUUAUUUUGAUAAGGAUGGCAUUGUAGCAGAUGAAUCCCAAAACAUGCAGUUUAUGUCCAGUCAAAGCAUGAAGCUUCCCCCUUCAAAUAGUGCACUACCUAACCAGGCCCUUGGCUCCAUAGCAGGGCUGGGUAUGCAAAACUUGAAUUCUGUUAGACAGAAUGGCAAUCCCAGUAUGUUUGGUGUUGGAAACACAGCAGCACAACCCCGGGGCAUGCAGCAGCCUCCAGCACAACCUCUUAGUUCAUCUCAGCCUAAUCUCCGUGCUCAAGUGCCUCCUCCAUUACUCUCCCCUCAGGUUCCAGUUUCAUUGCUGAAGUAUGCACCAAACAACGGUGGCCUGAAUCCACUCUUUGGCCCUCAACAGGUAGCCAUGCUGAACCAGCUAAACCAGCUUUCUCAGAUCUCCCAGUUACAGCGAUUGUUAGCGCAGCAGCAAAGGGCGCAGAGUCAGAGAAGCGUGCCUUCUGGGAACCGGCCGCAGCAAGACCAGCAGGGUCGACCUCUUAGUGUGCAGCAGCAAAUGAUGCAACAAUCUCGUCAACUUGAUCCAAACCUGUUGGUGAAGCAGCAGACUCCACCAUCUCAGCAGCAGCCACUCCAUCAGCCAGCCAUGAAGUCUUUCCUUGACAAUGUCAUGCCCCACACUACACCUGAGCUGCAAAAAGGGCCAUCACCAAUAAAUGCUUUCAGCAACUUCCCUAUAGGCUUGAACUCAAACUUGAAUGUAAAUAUGGAUAUGAACAGUAUUAAAGAGCCACAGUCAAGACUAAGGAAGUGGACUACAGUGGACAGCAUUUCUGUGAACACAUCUUUGGAUCAAAACUCCAGCAAACAUGGUGCUAUUUCAAGUGGUUUCAGGCUGGAAGAGUCUCCAUUUGUUCCCUAUGACUUUAUGAACAGCAGUACUUCACCAGCCAGUCCUCCAGGUUCUAUAGGAGAUGGCUGGCCACGUGCCAAAUCGCCUAAUGGCUCUAGCAGUGUUAAUUGGCCACCAGAAUUUCGUCCUGGUGAGCCAUGGAAAGGUUAUCCAAACAUUGACCCUGAAACUGACCCUUACGUCACUCCUGGCAGUGUCAUAAACAAUCUUUCAAUUAAUACUGUGCGGGAAGUUGACCACCUCAGGGACAGGAACAGUGGGUCAUCCUCAUCCUUGAACACCACGCUGCCUUCAACUAGUGCCUGGUCAUCCAUUCGUGCCUCCAACUACAACGUUCCCCUCAGCAGUACAGCACAAAGCACUUCAGCCAGAAAUAGUGAUUCCAAAUUGACAUGGUCUCCUGGUUCAGUUACAAACACCUCUCUGGCUCAUGAGCUGUGGAAGGUCCCUUUGCCACCUAAAAACAUCACUGCUCCGUCCCGCCCACCUCCGGGACUGACUGGUCAGAAGCCACCCUUGUCUACGUGGGAUAAUUCUCCCCUUCGUGUAGGUGGAGGAUGGGGAAAUUCUGACGCCAGAUAUACCCCAGGUUCCAGCUGGGGUGAGAGCAGCUCAGGGAGAAUAACAAAUUGGCUUGUUCUAAAAAACCUUACACCUCAGAUCGAUGGCUCAACUCUGCGCACUUUGUGCAUGCAGCAUGGCCCACUGAUCACAUUCCACCUGAACCUCCCUCACGGAAAUGCUCUGGUCCGCUACAGUUCAAAAGAAGAGGUAGUGAAGGCACAAAAGUCUCUGCACAUGUGUGUACUGGGGAACACUACUAUUCUUGCUGAGUUUGCCAGUGAAGAGGAGAUCAGUCGUUUCUUUGCACAAAGCCAGUCUCUGACCCCUUCUCCCGGCUGGCAGUCUCUCGGGUCCAGCCAGAGCCGGCUGGGCUCCCUCGACUGUUCCCACUCAUUCUCCAGCCGGACCGAUCUCAAUCACUGGAAUGGUGCUGGGCUGUCGGGAACUAACUGUGGAGACCUUCACGGCACUUCACUCUGGGGGACCCCGCAUUAUUCCACAAGCUUGUGGGGUCCUCCAAGCAGCAGCGACCCCCGAGGAAUUAGCAGCCCAUCUCCCAUUAACGCUUUUCUUUCUGUUGACCACCUGGGUGGGGGUGGAGAGUCCAUGUAACAGUGUAGAUGCAGACUCACCGACCGGGACCUCAGACGCGAGGGAAAGGAGCACUAAGUGGGGCUCGCCGCCUGCAGCCAGGGGCCGCCUGUGGGAACAGCUAUUCUCUGCACAUUUUCCACUUUGUUUUCCCCAGAACAUAUCAGUUUGAAUACUUGAAUCAUGCAGGCCAAUAUUAUAAUGUGAAAAGGUAUCUACUCUAUUUACACUCCCAAAUAGCGCCAUACAUGCUAAACCGUAGAGAAUGAGCUCGCUUGUGUCUAUUCAUCAUGUUUAGCCUUCGGAUUUUUUUUCCUUCUAUUCCUCCCCCCUUCCCUUUUUUUCUCUCUUUUUUGCGAAACCAUAUUUUGGGCUGAUAACGUAUGAGCUUUUCCCUUUGCACUGAAUGAUGUUCUCUCCGUCUCAUCGGCAGUAUGGGGGGCAGCUGUCCCAGUGUCAAUGUUUACUCAAGGGUGUUCUUAGGAGGCGUGCGCUCUCUACUAUGCCUUGAUGUUGCCUACCUUAUUGUGGUAUCGUGGAGUUUAAAAGAUCAAGUUAGGAUGCUGACUUAGGAUUAUUAAUGAAAGUGUUGCACCAGUUUUUUCAUGUUGUAAAACUAAAGAAUUUCGCUCUGCAGUUUGAAAAACUGUGGCCACAGCUGUGACUUGCAGCCCACCUGCCACCCAGGACGGGCCCUGCACUUUGAAUAGGCUUUCCAUUUUGUUUUGGAGGUUCCCACGUUGAACCUUCUUGUUUACAGAUUUUUUUGUUUGUUUUUUGAGAAAAAAGAAAAUGUUUACUCUUCCAUCAUUUAAAAAAAAUGUAAAAGACAAAAAAAAAAAAAAUGGAGGAUGAUUUAAAAGAUGCUUUCUAUCUCUGGGAAAAAGGAGCAGCAUUUGGCCAUGUUCUUUUGUUUUUCUAUUCCUGUCCUAAAUCAAAGAGCAUGGUUCUCAGGAAAACCAGUUCCCCAGUUAAAAAAAAUAAAUAAAAAUAAAAAAAACAACAAAAAAAACUCCUUGUAGUUUCUUAUAGGAAAAAAAGAAAAACCCCAACUUUUAGCACUGAUACUACAUAUUGCUCUGUUAAAGAAUUUUCUCUGCCAAAAAAAAAAGAAAAUACAAAAAAACGCUUAAAGCUGGAGUUUGACAUUCUGCUUUCAGAUGCUGUCUUUUUAUUAGUGAGUGAUGAUGGUUUGCUAAUAAUCAAUAGGUAAUAAUUUUUUGUAAUCCCAUCAAGUGGCUCCAUAUGUUUCUGCUCUCUUGUGACUGUGUUAAUGUUUAACUGUUGUACCUUAAAGCCGAAAUCAGUAACUAUGCAUACUGUAACCAAGGUAUUGGGCUUACAGAGUUGUUUGUUGUAUAAAGAAAAUUUUAAAUGUUGUUGCAAACUAACGAGUUACACCAUUUUAAACUUUCUUUCCUCCCCCUUUUUUUGCUCCCAAAUGGUAUUAUAAUGCUUGCUUAGUCAAAGAAGAGAGACUAAACAAGGGUAAAAAUUUUAACAGUACAGAAUUUGCCAUCAUUUCAUUGCCUUGAUUCUAACUGUUUGUGUCCUAAGAUGCAAAAGAAGUCAGUGGCUUUUAACUGUUUACAAAUAGAAUGUGAUUGUAAAAUGUACAGUUUGGUUGUGUUUGAAUUAUGAAAUUUCUUCAGAUAUAAUAAACCAUGACUUUUUGGCUGCUCAACAUUAAUUGUCUCUUUUUUGUGAAUUUAUUUGUAGGCUCUUUUUUAUAAUGAAAGUUUCAAAGUUGCUAUGUAUGAGGGUUCUCAUAGAGCAACUGAUUAAAAAUCUAAGCAAAUAUUUGAACAUUUUAUCUGAACUCAUCACAAUUUCACCCUGAAAUAAUGUGAGAACAAUGGGAAACUGUAGCUUGCUCCUUCCCACCCUCUCUGAGCAUCUUUGGGAUCUUGUUGCUCAAAACUCUUCUGUGACUUCAUCUUCCCCACCAUUUGUGCCCAUCUCAAGCCUCAGCAAGAAACCAUGUGGAACAUGAAGCUUAAUGACUUGACAGUGUACUAGUGUUAAACUCUCAUACCUCUGUUACAAAGCGAGAAACGCCACACCCGGACUGGCCUUUUCUUCCCCCUUCACGGCCCUCGCUUCUCCCUCCAGGAGCUCGGGGCAAAAUCUGUGUAUGGAUUUCAGUGUAUGACUUCUGAUCAUGCUCCAACUUGCCAGGUGUAAGCUAAUGUUGUCGGACACCUUACGAUAAGCAGAUGUUAUUCAGUGCGUUCAAUGUAUAUUGACUUCCAUACUGGUUUUUCCAAAAACCAAAGGUAGCUUUGAAAAACCAUGUCUGGAAAUGUUUGGAGCGUUAAGCUGAUUGACCUUCUGACCUUGGGGCUUUGAGUAGUAUAUAAUUCAUAACUGCGUUAAUUGUAUUGUUAAAGUGUUUGGGAGUUUUUUGCGCUUGUUAUGUGGAAAUAAAGUGUUUGAUUUAAAAUUU